AUGCAUAUUUCUGUUUUAUUUUUUAAAAUUAUCCUUAUUGGAUUUUUCUUUACUUCAGUUUAUCCAUUAAGAGGAGCAUUAAUGAGAAAUGGUAGAUCAUUUGACAAUAUUAAUGAUGUUUCUCCAGGAAGUCGUUCAUCAAGAUUAAUACCUUUUCAACGUUCACCAAAAAUUUUAAGAAGAAUGUUAAAUAGUGGUCAAUACCGUUUUCCUGAUAACUUUUAUGAAGGAAUAUUUCGUAAUCAAGAAAUUUUUGAAGAUGGAUUUUGA